UUUUUAUUUUUAUUUUUUCUUUUUAAUUUUGUUUGAGCCAUCAUAGGUAGAGGUGCGCAAUCCUCCAUUGUAGGAAAGCAAUCACCACUAAAGCCUAAGUACUACCGAGACAAUACCAGGCGUCUCGUAGCCAUUGAGAGAGAGCCGAAAGUAAUCGUGGAGGGAGAGUCUUUUAGUGGUGAUUCUUUUGAUAUCGGUGCUCUUUUUGUUGAUUUAAUAAUUGAGCCACCAAUAGCAGAGCCACCGAUGUCGAUGCGUGCACACAUGCAUCCUGAGAGGACCACUCCUCUCAGUCCAAUAGUUUUACCAACCGAGACGGUGGAAGCACGUAAUGCUUUCACCAUUAAACCUGGUACACAUAAUGCCCUUCCCUUGUUUCAUGGGAAGGAGAAUGAGGAUCCGUAUGAGCACGUCCGUCAUUUCGAGGGCUUGGUGCGCACCCUGGCCACCACUACUCAGUGGGAGAAUGCUUGCCUUAAGCUUUUCCCAGCCUCGCUCAGGGACAAUGCAGAUAAGUGGCUGCGGAUGCAGAAGCCACAAUCUCUCACGACGUGGGCUGCUGUCCGAGAUUUAUUCUACAAGAAAUAUUUCUCGGAAAGUAAAUCGAAGUACCUGACUCGCCAAAUCCAAUCGUAUAAGCAGAAAGAGGGCGAGUCGUUUUUAAGGUGCUGGGAGCGGUUCAAGGACUUGUUGUUGUCCUUACCACAUCAUGGUUUCAUGAAACACCAGUUGGUGUCAUUUUUCUAUUUGGGCUUGAAUGUUGCUACGGUCCAACAAAUGGAGUACCUCUGUAAAGAGGAGGAUUUUCUAGAUAAGUCCCCGGACGAUGCGUGGGACUUUCUCGAAGAGUUGGCCGAGAAGCACCGAAGUUGGGAACCUUCCGACCUCGGUGAUAGGGCCAUGGCUGCACAGGGACCCAGUGGGUCUGGCAUUUUUCCUUCUAGUGUGCGAGAGCACAAUGUCCAGUCUCAGCUGGACAAGAUGGCUAAACAAUUAGAGGACUUGAAGCUUAAGCAAGUCCAUCAGGUGAAUGAGGUGAAAGUCGAAGAGGUGUGUGCGUUAUGUGAGUGUCCGGGGCAUCUUGUCACUGCUUGCCCCGCAUUUCCCAUUGUCAAAGACGCAUACCAUAGUAACCAGGCUGAGGUGAACGCACUUAACCAGCGUUGGGAUCCUUAUUCAAAUACCUACAAUCCAGGGUGGGCCCAAAACCCACUUUUGAGUUGGAGGGAUCAAAAAGCCCCGGUGCAACCCCAAGCACCACCUCAGCCACAAGUUCAGCAAUUCCGGCCUCCUCAAGGCCAAAUGACCCAAUUUCGUUACCCACCUCAGCAGCAGCAGGGGUUCGGUCCUUCAUCUUUUGGACCACCCCCAGGCAUAAACCAUCCCCCGCGGGAUAAACAGACUGAUGAGAUGAUGAAGGCUCUCAUGCAGUCUCAGUUAAGCUUCACUGAACAAACCAAACAGGCAAUUGGUGACAUUAGGACCCAAUUGACCCAGUUGACGGCGGCAGUUGGACAAAUCCAACAGGAGAAGGGAAAGUUUCCUUCUCAACCUUUAGUCAAUGCCGCUGGUACCCAUUAUGUGGGCGAUUCUUCUGGCCCAAGUAAUCCGAAUCUCAGUCUGGAAGAUGCUAAAGCGAUCACCACUCUCAGAAGUGGGAAGGUGAUUGACAAAGAUUUGCCCCCAAAGCAGAAAUCGGUGCCACCCUCGGUGCCGGUAGCUAUUCCAGCAAUCAUUCCAAACUUGGGAAGUGUUCCUGAAGUAGAGAAAGAGGCGGAAUCUCCUGAAGUGGUGGUGCCUGCAACUGCGGCCCCCACGACUCCAAUGCCACCCGUUGCUCCAUAUCCAAAUCGCUUGGUGGCGAAACCUAAGGUCAAUGUGAACUUUCAAAUGCUUGAAUUAUUCAAGAAAGUUCAGUUUCCAAUCUCUUUGAUGGAAGCCAUUGACGCAAUUCCUCAGUUUGCUAAGGUUUUGAAGGAUCUAUGCACGUCAAAGCGGAGAACUAAGGGUCAGGACAAAGUGCUUCUGACGGAGCAAGUGAGCUCCAUUCUCCAAACUGAGAUCCCCACCAAGUGUAAAGACCCUGGUUGUCCCACCAUCCCUAUAGCGAUCGUAGGCCAAAAGUUUGAUAAGGCUUUGCUGGAUUUAGGAGCGAGUGUCAACCUGCUCCCCUAUUCAGUAUACUUGAAACUUGGCUUAAGCGAUUUGAAAGCCACACCGGUCACGCUGCAGUUGGCUGACCGGAGUGUGAGAAUUCCAAAGGGGGUGGUGGAGGAUGUUCUAAUUCAAGUGGGCGAGUUUCUUUUUCCAGUCGACUUCAUUGUCCUGGAUACAUGCCCAAUACCAGAGGUCUUUGAAAAGACUCCUAUCAUCCUAGGCCGUCCAUUUUUAGCCACCUCCAGUGCUGUCAUGAAUUGCAAAACUGGACAAGUCCAAUUGUCGUUUGGGGACUUGAAAAUGGAGGUGAAUGUUUUCAACGUGGAUAGCCGGGUUGAGGAUGAUGAGGAGAUAUAUGAGGUGAGUUUGAUCGACACGCUGGUACAAGAGCAUGUCGAUAGUGUGUUAUACAAGGAUCCUCUGGAGAUAACCUUAACCGCCGAGGAGGCGUCAUUUUUAGAUUCUCCAGAUGUAGGAAGUUUAAUGGAGAUGCUUGCAGUGGAGGAUGUGUGUGGCGCCGCUUGGAACCCAGUUCUUGAGCCGCUGGGCGCCCCAUUUCCUACAGCUUUCCCAUCGUCUGUCCAGCCACCUAAACCAGAGCUAAAGCCUCUGCCGGACACACUUAAGUAUGCCUUCCUUAAAGGCGAUGAUACUUUUCCGGUUGUGAUCUCUUCAUCCCUUGAGGAAGAUCAAGAGGCUAAGUUGCUUACCAUGUUGAGAAAGCACGUGGGUGCGAUAGGCUGGACAAUAGCAGAUUUGCAGGGUAUUAGUCCAACGGUGUGUACACACCGCAUUUUUCUAGAUGAGGAUGUGAAGCCUACUAGGCAACCUCAGCGUCGUCUGAACCCCAAUAUGAAGGAGGUGGUUCGGGCUGAGGUGCUGAAGCUUUUAGAUGCGGGUAUUAUUUACCCGAUAGCCCAUAGUGAGUGGGUGAGCCCAGUGCAGGUGGUGCCUAAGAAAGCAGGAGUGACCGUCGUGAGAAACGGCGAGGGCGAACUAGUGCCGACCCGUGUUCAAACCGGGUGGCGAGUUUGUAUCGAUUACCGGAAGCUCAAUGCGAGCACCCGGAAAGACCAUUUCCCUCUCCCAUUCAUUGAUCAAAUUUUGGAGAGGGUGGCUGGCCGGGCAUUCUAUUGCUUCCUGGAUGGGUACUCUGGCUACAAUCAGAUUGAGAUAGCCAUGGAGGAUCAGGAGAAGACCACCUUCACGUGCCCUUAUGGUACGUUUGCCUACCGUCGCAUGCCCUUUGGCUUGUGCAAUGCUCCCGGAACCUUUUCAAGGUGCAUGAUGGGAAUUUUUAGCGACAUGGUAGAGAAGAUCGUGGAGGUGUUUAUGGAUGACUUUUCAGUUUUCGGGGACUCGUUUGACGAAUGCCUCGAGAACUUAGGAAAGGUCUUGCAACGGUGCGAGGAAAAGCAACUUGUGCUUAAUUGGGAGAAGUGCCACUUCAUGGUGACCCAAGGGAUUGUGUUAGGACACAUUGUCUCAUCCAAGGGUAUUGAGGUGGAUAAGGCGAAGAUUGAUUUGAUCGCAAAUCUUCCCACUCCAAAGUCUGUAAAAGACAUUCGAUCUUUCCUCGGUCACGCCGGUUUCUAUAGGCGUUUCAUUAAGGGAUUCAGUGCUAUCUCCCGGCCGUUGUGCCAUUUACUGUCAAAAGACACGCCCUUUGUAUGGUCCGAGGCGUGUAAGGAGGCUUUUCAGACAUUGAAGCGGAGUCUCACUACUCCGCCGAUUGUUCAGCCUCCAGAUUGGAGUUUGCCAUUUGAGUUGAUGUGUGACGCCUCCGACUAUGCAGUCGGAGCGGUUUUAGGGCAGAGGCGAGGGAAAGAGCCAUGCGUCGUUUAUUACGCGAGCAAGACGCUAAAUGAGGCACAAAUGAACUACACCACUACCGAGAAGGAAUUGCUCGCGGUUUUUGGGGUUCAUGUGAAAAGUAUUCACAAUGUUUGCGGGUGUUCAUUGCUGUAA